AUGGCGAUUACCCUCCGACGCUUAGCCCUCACAUGGACGGUUCUCCUCCUCGACGCCUGCGGCGCGGCAGCUGUCCAAAAAGCCUGGGGAACUCACGCGGCCUCUCUCCCCUCUUCCUCGUCUUCCUCGCCUUCCUCGCCUUACUCUUCUUCCUUGCCAGUCUCCAAUUCUUCUCUCUCUUCCCUUUCUUGGAGUUCUUCCCGUGUCUCUGGCGCCACCGUUCUUGCAGCGGCGCUGGCCGCAGGUGCGUGGGCCUUCUUCUGUCGCUCGGCGAUGAAGAGCGACAGAAAAGGAGGAGAGAGUGGAGAAAACGGAAAAGCCCAAGUUGAAACCGACAGCAGAGGGCGAUAUACAUGCGAUAGCGAGGCAGGCGAAGAACGCGAGGCAGGCGAAGAACGCGAGGCAGGCGAAGAACGCGAGGCAGGCGAAGAACGCGAGGCAACCGAAACGGGAGAAACAGGGGAAACGUGCGAGAAACGAGAGAACGAAGGUGAAGCAACAGGGAGUGUCCAAACACUCGCCAGAGAGCGCCCAGACUCGCAUGGCGACUUCGACGAGAAGCUUAGCGACCGGGACGCAUGCAGCGCAUCCUCAGCCGUCUCCUCCGACGUCGAGGAGAAUCGAUCAAACGCACAGACCUUCCAGGGCUCUGCAUCGACAGCUGCGUGUUGGAACCAGAUCCGCACGCACGAUUUCGACACCGCCCCGACGCGUCUCGCUCUCGUCGAUCCCGCGUGUCUCUCUCCAGUGUCUCCUUCGUCUUCCGUGUCUCUUUUGUCUCCUUUGUCGCCUUUGGCGUUUGGGCCCUUGGCGAGUCUCUUGGUUCCCACGAGUGCCGCCCGGCGGCUGUGCGGCGCAGUGCCUGGAUUUCUGUACACCUGGCUGCAAGACCAGAGAAACGCCGGUGUCUUCCUCGCCGGGGGCGUUGUGCUUCUCGCCACUCUGAAGAGCGUUGUGGCUUAUCUUCUGGAAAGGCGGCGCGAACGGCGACGGGUGACGGCUGCGCUGGAGGCGUAUCGGAGAGAAGAAGAAGAAUUUGUCAAGUACGGCCCUCGGGGCAAGAAAGCGGCGCAAGACUCGGGCAGUCCGGCGUCGUGCCUGCGGAGUGACAAAAAAUCCUCCGGCCAGCCUCGAGGCCGGGUCCCUCUGGAGGAUGACGAACAUCCAAGAAUGUGA